AUGCGUUUCUCCCUCGCCUGCACCGCGGCCUUCGUCGCCUCCCUGGCCACCGCCAACCCCCUCGCCACCCGCAACCAGAUCUCGUGGGAGUUCCCCGAGUCCAUGUCCGUCGCCAAGCGCCAGGACGUCCCGGCCCCGGGCACCCCCGCCUACCUCUGCCACGAGAACUGCGGCACAUCCAUCACUCUCUCCCGCGAGGCGGGCUACUGCACCAACUACCUGUGGAUCUCCCGCUACGACGCCUGCCUGCAGUGCGCCAACACGCACAACAUCUGGCAGUACUAUAGCAACUCCAUCACCGCCUCCGCUGCGGCCUGCGGCUUCAGUGCCGUGCCGGUCUAG